UUCACUAUGAUUUUCCAUUAAUUGUUAUGAAAAAUUUAAUAUACGUAUUUGAGCGGUUAUGUUAUUGUUCAUAGCAAUUUUAUCCAAUUUAUAAAAAUAUAUCGUGUAGUGAUAUUUUAUAAAAAUAUGAUAUACAAACGAUCAUAAUACAAUUAGUUUAUUUAAAAAAAUAUGUCUAUUAAUUUAGCUUCUUUAAAUCCUUACGGAAAUGGAUUACUUUUCGCCGGCUUUAAUCAAGAUCAAGGAUGUUUUGCUUGUGCAACGGAAAAUGGAUUCCGUGUAUAUAAUUGUGAUCCAUUAAAACUGAAAGAACAAAAACUAUUCGAAGAUGGCGGUCUUGGUUAUGUUGAAAUGUUAUUUCGAUGUAAUUAUUUAGCGCUGGUUGGUGGUGGAAAACAACCUCAAUAUCCUACAAAUAAGGUCAUUAUUUGGGAUGAUUUGAAGAAGGAACCGGCGAUACAUUUAAUAUUUUCACAGCAAGUUCAUGCUGUACGGUUACGACGAGAUCGUAUUGUUGUAGUGUUAGAGGGUAUUAUUAAAGUAUAUACAUUCACUCAAACUCCACAACAAUUACAUGUUUUUGAAACGAGUCCAAAUUUAAAAGGAUUAUGUGUUCUAUGUCCGAAUAGCAAUAACUCAUUACUAGCGUUUCCAGGGCGAAAAACUGGACAAGUACAGGUAGUUGAUUUGGCAAAUACGGAAAAAGCUCCAUUGGAUAUAAUUGCUCAUGAAGCACCACUUAGUUGUAUUGCAUUAAAUUUACAAGGUACACGAUUAGCAACUGCCUCUGAAAAAGGUACUCUAAUACGUGUUUUUGACACAUCAAAUGGACAAAAAAUUACUGAACUUCGGAGAGGAGCCCAUCAAGCCACCAUUUAUUGUAUUAAUUUUAAUCACACAUCAACAUCAUUGUGUGUUGCAUCUGACCAUGGUACCGUUCAUAUAUUCUCACUGGACGAUCCAAAAUUAAAUAAACAAUCAUCAUUAGCGAAUGCAACAUUUUUACCAAAAUAUUUUUCAUCUAAUUGGUCAUUUUGUAAAUUUACCGUACCAAAUGGGCCACCUUGUAUUUGUGCAUUCGGUCCUGAUAAUAAUUCAGUUAUUGUGAUAUGUGCCGAUGGAAACUAUUACAAAUUUGGUUUUAAUAACAAAGGUGAAUGUGCAUUGGAUAUCAGUGCUCAGUUUUUAGAAAUGACUGACAUUCGUUUAUAAAAGUUUGACUCUAAAUAAAUAAAAUGUCAUUCAUGAAAGGCCGAUUCCACCACCAUUGGUUAAUUUUAAUCAUUAAAGCUUACUUUCCCUACAUCGACCAAUAAAAUAUCAUUUUAAUUGUGCGAGAGAUUACAAAUCAAUAUAAUUUUGUUUCCUGAUUUACUUAAAGUACUACUUCCCUCAGGAGACGAAAAGUUUAUGAAUUUAAUCAACAGAUCACGAACGCAUAUAAUAAGAACGUGAAACUCGAGAGGAGAGGGUAGCAGGAAAAAAGGCGCUCACCUGGGCGAGGUCUAAUUGCGUUGUGUAAUUUGUACUGCGCGUUGUAAAAAAAUAAUUCAAAAAUGAUUGCCGAUUUGACUAAACUGUUUCCCUUCUCGAUACUUAUACUACCUUAAUUGAUUUAUUGGUUUUUAUUUGUGAUGAUUAACUAAAGUAAGAUGCCUGCACACCGCGCUGUAUAGAAUAAGCCUUGAAAUUUUCUGCAUCUAAAUUUUAUUUUCUAUUCGAUUUAAUUCAUUUUUUAUCUGAUUUCUACUAAUUAGUAUUUAAAUUGCUCUCUAGCUAGAGCAUUUCUAGCAACUGCGCAGGUUGAUUUGAUAGUUUAAAUUUUAGGUAUGAGGGGUGACAAAAACGGUCAACUUUCAACUGUAUGUUAAAAAAAGAAAUCCUUGGUUAAAGUUAACCAGAGGAAGUGAAACCGGACCUUAUUCCCAUCGUAUCAUAUUGUACUAUUUAAUUAUGUUUAAUUAAUAUUAAUUAAUUUGUGUAUUUUUAAAAUUCAA